UCGUAGGAAACGCAGUCAAUUUUGCCGCAGGAAAAGAUAUCAUCAGAAGCAGCUUUAAGAACUAAAUCAACACAGAAACUGACGACAAAAAAUACAAAGAAACGAUCAACAGAGCUGUUGAAAAUUCAAAAUUAAAAUUGAAAAAUUAUUUGGACUCGGAUUGGCAGCAGAGCACCGCCCCGCAUCGCCUAACAGGCUAAAAGCAUUAACAUGAAUGCCCUACUGCGCCUCGAUGGAAGGACUCUGAAAACGAAUUACCACCUUCAGAAUUUCUACACACGCUAUCUCAGAACGAGCUGUUGUGCCUGUUGCACCACUGACCACACUAAUGCGGCAACGGGAAGAGAAUGCGAACACACUCAGAGGAGAUCCACCCCGACCUCGGCCCCAUCGGACACCGGCGGCCCACUGCGCAAAUUGGUGCACUCGCGAAAUGUUUUCCAGCAUCAGUCAGUAUUUAAGUACGGCUUUUACCAUUCGGGCCAUGGGUUUCGACAUCUGCACUCCAGCCGAUCCCUGCUCGAGUCGUCUACCUCGAAGAUUGACGUAACUGUUAAGAAGCUGAAGAACCAGCAGAAGGAGAAGGUGGAUGAGAUUAUGAAAGAGGUGGCCAAUGGCCAGGCCUCGGCGAAGACUGCAGCAGCUGCAGCUACCGCCACGGCCGGGGCGGAUAUAAGCCAGAACGCGACGACCGCCGACGCAGCUGGAUCGUCGUCGACCUCGUUGACCCAAGCAGCGGACAAGUCGGUGGCCAAACCAAAGAAGUCGCUGGGAGUGCGCAUAUGGGAGGAGCUAGUCCACUAUUACCAUGGCUUUCGCCUGCUCUUCAUUGAUGUGGCCAUCUGCUCAAAGCUGCUUUGGCGCGUCCUCAACGGCAAGAGUCUCAGCAGACGUGAGAAUAAGCAGCUGCAGAGAACAACAUCGGAUUUGUUCCGAUUGAUUCCAUUCUCGGUGUUUAUAGUAGUCCCGUUUAUGGAGUUGCUGCUGCCAUUUUUCAUCAAGUUCUUUCCGGGAAUGCUGCCGUCCACGUUCCAAACGACCAAGGAUCAGCAGGACAAGCUGAGACAGUCUCUGGGCGUGCGCCUGGAGGUGGCAAAGUUCCUGCAGCAGACCUUGGACCAAAUGCCCGUACAGCACAAGGAGCACAGCAGCGAGGAGGCGAAGGCUUUUGAGGCGUUCUUCAACAAGAUUCGUCAUCCAAGCGAGAACGUGAGCAACGAAGAUAUUAUCAAGUUUGCCAAGCGCUUCGACGAUGAGAUCACUUUGGACUCGCUCUCCCGGGAGCAGCUGGCGGCCCUCUGUCGUGUCCUCGAGAUAAAUACGCUCGGCACUAGUAAUCUGCUGCGAUUCCAGCUGCGCCUGAAGCUGCGCUACUUGGCCACCGACGAUCGGGUGAUAGUCCGCGAGGGCGUUGACACCCUAGAUCUUAUCGAGCUGCAGCAGGCCUGCAAGGCGCGCGGCAUGAGGGCGUACGGCCUCACCGAGGAACGUCUUCGCUCCCAGCUGCAGGAGUGGGUCGAUCUGUCGCUGAAUGAAAAGGUUCCACCCACGCUGCUGCUGUUGUCCCGCGCCAUGGUUAUCUCCGACGAGGGCAAUGCCACGGAUAAGCUGAAGGAGACGAUGAGGGUGCUGCCGGAUGCGGUGGGUGCCCAUACCCGUCAUGCCAUUGGCGAGAGCGAGGGCAAGGUGGACAACAAGACUAAGAUUGAGAUCAUUAAGGAGGAGGAGCGCAGGAUUCAAGAAGAGCGCGAGGAGGAACAUGAGGAGGUUAUUGCCAAGCGCACAGCAAUCAAGGAUGAGCAACCCGCUCCAUAUGUGUUUGCCGAGCAGUUGACCCACGCCACACAUGUAUUGGAGCACAAGGAAGCAGCCGUGCCCGUCGCUUCCGAUUCGGACAAGAGCAUCUCCUCGACAGACGUCCAAAUGCUCUCCGAUGCACUGAACACACUCUCCUCCGACAAGCAGUUGGUGGUCGAGAAGGAGACCAUCAAGGAGCUGAAGGAGGAGCUGCGAGACUACAAGGAGGAUGUGGAGGAGUUGCGGGAGGUGCGCCAGGUGGUCAAGGAGCCGGUCCGAGAGAGCCGAGCUGCCAAGUUGCUCUACAACCGUGUCAACAAGAUGAUAUCCCAGCUAGACGGUGUCCUGAAUGAUCUGGAGCAUCGCCAGCAGCAGAUCAAGCAGGCGAAUGCCAUUGACUGUUCGGAGGCCGAGCCCACCCCAGAACGGCAGCCUACUGUCCACAUUGAUGAGCUGGUCGCCACCAUCAAACGCACAAGGGAAGCCUCCGACGAGGAGCGGUUCAAGGUAGUGGAAGAGCUGCUCGUCAAGCUGGAUGCCGACCAAGAUGGUGCGAUUUCCGUGAAUGAAAUCACCAAAGUGGUCCAGAGCAUCGACAGCCAAGCCACCAAUAUCGAUAAGAAGCAGCUGGAGGAGUUCACCGAGCUGCUCACCAAGCAGGCGACCAAGCGACGCAACGAGGAAAUCGUUCACAUUGACGAUCUGAUGCAGAACAUCAAAAAGAUAAAGGAGACCACUGACGAUGCGCGCCUCAAGCAUAUUGAGCAAGUUCUGGAUAAGUUUGAUGCCGACAAGGAUGGCGUCAUUACCGUCAACGAAAUUCGCAAGGUGAUGGAGUCCAUCGGUCGUGACAACAUCAAGCUGAGUGAGAAGGCCAUCGAUGAACUCAUUUGUCUGCUGGACAAGGAGCAAAUCCUGCAUGCGGAGGAGAAGAUUGAAAGGGCCAUUGCCAGGAGCUUGAAGGAUGCGGAGAAGCUCAAGUCUGAGGUGGACAAAAAGGAUAAGGAAUUGGCCAAUCUGGUAGACGGGCUUCACGAUUCCGCCAAGGAGAUCAAGGAUAUUGCAAGCGAUUUGGGUGCCAUGGACAUAGCCAAAAAGUUAAAAUCAGAAGCCCCAUUCCAAGACACGGCUCAGACGUUGAAGGACUGUGCCAAGGAUCUAAGCGACGUGACGCCGAAGCCGCCAGUACCACCAGAGGAUAACAAAACGAAUCCCACACGAGGCGCACCUCAGAAAGACUCGAAAGAUGCCGGUCCACCCAAGUCGUCCGGUGGAGGUAGCGGAGGCCUAGGAGGUGGCAUUUCCGCGAGUGCCGGCAACGUCACCACAGAAGCCGUGAUCCGAGAGGCAUCAGAGCGUCAAGUGGAAAAGCUCUUGCCAAAGGACAUUACCCUUCCGCCCACGAUACCGACUACACCACCACCAACAACGCCACCUGUAACAAAAAAGGCCACGGCCGCGGCAAGCGCAUCGCCUCAGCCCCUAUCCUCUGCAAAUGCCUCAAAGAAGGUACUCUGACCGACCAUCGAGUCAUCGAAAAUAGGAUCGGAUAAGACAACUCUCAAGCCGAAGUAAUUAGAAAGUGCAGGAGGCACGAGACGGAGGAGGACAAUUUGUUUGCUUAUGUGUCCAGCAUGUUCUUAUUACAACUAGAUUGAUUGUUACUAUAAUAUAACCGCAAAACAAAUCGAGAAACCGAGAGAACUCCUAAACCAAUACGAAAAUCAAAGAAACGCUAGAUGCUAGACAGAAAUAGGAGCAUGUGCUCCACGACUACUUAACGCGUGGCUGUAGUAAAACAUCCACUCUCUGAGUAAGGCACAAAUAUAUGAAUACCUUCCUCCCCACACCUGAAAUAUCUUAACUAUCCUAAACAUCUUAGUUUUAUAAAUUAACCGAUAAUAUAUGUAUGUAUGUUACGUAUCUGCAUUCAUCACCUAAAAAUGAUGACGAUGAAUGAACGAUGCGGCACUUCACUUGGCCGAAAACCAUAUUAGCGAAGCGAUUGUGAUCAUUAAGCGAAAUGUUAAUUUACUAUUUAGUACAUUUUAUUUCUAUCCAUACGAAUGAAUCAAGCUGAAAGGCCUGAGCAAGAGGAAAGAUAUUGGAAAUAAAUUGAAUUUUGAAACCACGUGAUAAUUCUAAACAAUAAUGUGUGUGCUUGAAUGAAUUUGUUUAUGAGAAUUUGUAAAAGUUUUUUGCAAUAAAAGUUAGUAUAAAACCCAAAA